AUGGCGUUCAUCCGCUCUCUCUUUCUUGUGAUACUAGCGCUGACGGCUGUGACUGUGGCGUUGCGUGACCACAUCACAGAGAGUGGUGAGCAGGAUCAAGACGAGGCCACGCAGGCUCAAGAUGAGGCCACGAAGGCUCAAGACGAGGCUACGCAGGCGCUUUCGUCAAGCCUGGAUGGUACGACUGGCAGCAGCAGUGACAGCUUGAAUGACAUGGACGUUGCUGGGCAAGAGACAAGCGGCAGUAAUGAUCUGAACGGUGAUGAGAAGGGAGGAUUAGAGCUGGGACAGUCGGAGAGUGGACAGGAUGAGUCGGAGAGUGUUGAGAACGAAUCGGAGAGUGUGGAGGACGACGACAAGUCGGGGUCUGAUUCGGCACCUGAAUCAGAGUCUCAUUCUACACCUGGACCAGGGUCUAAUUCGGCAUCCGGACCAGGGUCUAAUUCGGCAUCUGAACCAGGGUCCGAUUCAAGAUUUGACUCAGGGUCUGAUUCAACAUUUGAAUCAGGGUCGGAGUCGGCAUGUGAAUCAGGGUCCGAUUCGGCAUGUGAAUCAGGGUCCGAUUCGGCAUGUGAAUCAGGGUCCGAUUCGGCAUUUGAAUCAGGGUCCGACUCGACAUCUGAAUCAGGGUCCUUUUCAGCAUCUGAACCAGGUUCUUACUCCUCGUAUGGCGAAGAUGAGGGAGCUGAUGUGAAGCAAACGCUGGAAAUAGGCGAGAGCGACAUAAAAGGGGCGAUCGUGGAAGAGAGUGCGGUCGCUACAUCGUCAGAAACGGGAUCAUGUGACGACGAGGAGAGUAUCACUAAGAGUGGACCUAGUUCCGGAUCGUCCGACGACUCGGUGGUGGUCGGUUCUACUGAAUCCACGUCGGGGUCGUCUGAUGUCUCCGUGGAUGUUGCUGGCAGCGACGAAGAGGAUGAGGACGAUGAAGAGGAGGAGGACGAUGAAAAGGAGGCGGACGAUGUAGAGGAGGAGGAGGAGCAGGGAGAAACAGAUGGAAGUGACAGUUUCUCCGGCGAAGACAGUCGAAGCGAAGACGAUGAUGUAGAAAGUGGGAGUUGCUCGGACGAGGAAGAUGGGAGUGAGGAGCUCGAUGAAAAGCACGACACUGGAGUGAUCAGUGAUACAAUCGACGCAGUGGUCAACGCUACUGAGGAUGCUUAUGAGCAUGUAAAAGAUGCCACAUUAGACGGGUCCAACAAAACGAAGGACUUUCUAAAUGGUGCGCACUUGGCCUCUGGUUCUGGUUCGAGCGCUGAGUCGGUAGACGUGGACGAGUCAAGUGAAGACGACAAUUCGCAUGAGUCGCACUCUGAUGAGGGCGCUGACAUUGAUGUUGAAGGCAAUUCCAGUGGAGUCGGUGAUGCGCACCAAGACGUCACAAAUGAACCCGUUGAGUCAGAUGAACACAUCAAGAAUGUUACAGAAGACGCUUCUGGCAGUGCGAAUAGCGCUGACCAUGACACUACGGAUGAUGUGUACAGUAGUGCAGAGAGCGCGACACAAGAUGCAGAUGGAGACGAAGUGAGUACGGUCAAUGGUACGACAUCAGCUUCGUGUUCGGGCUCGCUGGAUGGUACGGUGAGCAUAGAGCAAGAGCAGCUGAGUGAUGAGAGCGUCGCUCUUGCCAGCGAGCGUGCGGAAGAAGACAGCGCUGUGACGUCUGCCUACUUUUCCGAGAUCGGUGCAGGUGUUGGCGUAUUCGUGGGUGUCAUUGCUAUGGCAUUCGCGUUCGUCGCUCAUUCUGGUCGUAACCGUGGUACGAGCAGCACGGCAAACGAAGACGAGGAUUCUGUCGCUAUGGCUUCCGAAAAUAGUGCUGAUGAAGAUGCGUCAGAGGACGAUACGAGUUUGGAUAGAGGCGUGCUCGUGAAGGCGGAUGCGACUGAAGACGACGACGGUGACGAGGAGGAAGGCAAAUUUGAGGGAGCCGUGUAA